AUGUCGCCCACGCGCACGCCCAUGAGCCCCUACCGCCCCGUCACCAACAAGACCACCACGAUCGACCAGCUAGCCUCCGAACUGGAGAAUGAGGCGAUAAUGCUGCCCACCGUGGAGCGGCUUACCGGCCCUUUUUCGUACUCCUCUACCUCUUCCUCCCCGUACGGGAGCUUAUCCUCUUCCAACACCACGAUCGACCAGCUAGACUCCGAACUGGAGAGGGCCGCGAGGAUGAUGCACGCCGCCGCCACCGCCACCGCGCAGCUGCCUACCAGCCUUUCUGCCUACUUCUACUCCUCCUCUUCCCCCUCCUCCCCGUACGGGAGCUCAUCCCCUUCCACCAACGAGACCAUCACGGACGACCCGCUAGCCUUGUCAAUAGAGAGGGCCCAGAUGAUGAUGAACGCCAUCGGCACCACGCAACAGCCAACCAGCCCUUCUUCCUAUUCCUCCUCCCCCUCUUCCUCCCCGUACGGGAGCUCAUCCCCAUCCCGCAACGAGACCAUCACGGACGACCUGCUAGACGCUCAAAUAAAGAGGGCCAAUAUGAUCAUGAACGCCAUCGGCACCACGCAGCAGCCAACUAGCCCUUCUUCCUACUCCUUCUCUUCCUACUCCUCCCCGCACGAGAGCUCACCCUCUUCGACCACCACCUGCACCACCACCACACCCCCACGCAACAAGCCCUCCCGACUCUCCAGCUACGGCCUGAUCCGCGACCCCGAGAAGGAGCCCCUGCUCCUCCCGUUCCCCGUCACCUACGGCGGCCCGCGCCACCCGGAGGAGCACGAGGUAAGGGAGAGCGCGAUGUCGUGGUGCUGCUGGUUCCUCGUGGUGUUUCUUUUGGGGCUCAUGUCGUACGCAUCGGUGUUGGUUUGGGCUCCUGGCUUGCCUUUUCCUCAGGGGCAUAUUAUGGGAAAUUGA